AUGGCCCCUAAACGAGACGCAACCGAAGCCCCGUCUGCUGCUCUAUUGCGCAGGAGUAAAAGACUCAGGACAGAUAUUGGCGCGGUGAACGAAGCAGAAGAACUUCCCCAGACGGAAGAAGAAAAUGACUUGGAAGAAGCAGCUCUGUCAGGAGUCGACGGUAUAAAAGAAAGAAAUGUCGAGGAGGAAACUCUGGUAUCGGAAAUCGACAAAGAAGAAACUCAAGAAGAUACAAAGACCAUACGGAGGGAGCAAAUUGAGAUAGCACUGAAGGAGAUGGGCUUACUGCCUAACAUUUUCGGAUCGAGAGACAAGUAUUUCCAGACUCAACCGUUGAUACAAUCGAAUGGCGACAAAAUAAAGAUCGGAAAUCUUGGGGAAUCGCAUUGUCCAAAAAUGGAUGAUAUUUGGCAGGACUACCUCGGUAAACUAAAGGAUAUCCUUGGUGAUAACAGCACUUUUGACAUUUCGACAUUGGCCAAGCCGUCUGGUCCUUUUGGUGCCGCUCUUCACUUCCAAUGGCACUAUCUGGUAAACACUAAACGUUUGAACGGCCUAAAAUACCGGCAUGUUCUGGAUCCAAGCAAUCCAAGCCUCGUACGCCAAAUAAAGAAGAUUGGGACGCCAUCGAAUGUGUCGGUGUCGGACACGAUACCAAUUCGACAGCCCUCAAGAAACCCUAACUAG